GACAGUCACCGUUCAGAUAUCCUAAAACAUAAAAGUAUCAGACCAGACAUGAUGCUUAGCCACGCCACUUUCGCCCGGAAAACACCACUUCUGUUCAAUUCUCUUGGUGUUUCCGGUGACUACAAUCGAAAGAAUAUAACUGGAGCUGGUUCAAGCAGGGGUCUUUCGGUUGGUUACAAAAAUUGUUCACUGAGUUCUGGUCGUAUCAAUUGGUCUGGUCGUUCCAGAACUGGGUUUGGGCAUCUGGGUCGGGCCUCUUCAGUAUCAGGUGGAGGUUCAGGUGAUUCCGGUGGUAUUGGUGGAGGUUCAGGUGGUGGUGGUGAUAGUUCCGGUGGUGGUGGAGGUGAAGAUAGCGGCGGAAACGGAAACAAGUGGUCAUUUCUGUCAUGGUACUUGGCUCUUCUUUCAGAUUAUCCUGUUUUGACCAAAUCUGUGACAUCAGCACUUUUGACCCUCAUUGGUGAUUUAAUCUGUCAGCUGACAAUCAAUAAGACUUCUUCUUUGGACAAGAAGAGGACACUCACGUUUACCAUUUUGGGCUUAGGGCUAGUCGGUCCAGCAUUGCACUUCUGGUACUUGUAUUUGAGCAAAGUGGUGACAGCUUCCGGAUUAUCAGGCGCAGUUUUGCGACUUUUACUGGACCAGUUUGUUUUUGCUCCAGUUUUUGUUGGAGUUUUCUUAUCAGCUGUUGUGACACUUGAAGGAAAACCAUCAAAUGUCAUACCGAAGCUAAAGCAGGAGUGGACUGGUGCAGUGCUAGCAAAUUGGCAGCUAUGGAUACCAUUUCAGUUUCUCAACUUCAGAUUUGUUCCACAAAACUUCCAGGUUUAAUUUUAUUAAACUCUGUGACAACAUUAAACGUCAGUGUUAAAUAUACAACUCACUGAAUGAUUAGACAUGCUUGAAACAUGACGACCACACUCUGAAUCUAUCUUUAGUGUCUUAAUCUUCUACUUAGUACUCUUUGAUCCCGUCAUAUGCCAGCAAGAAACUAUUAGACGGGUCCAUAGUAAACGAACAUUUCACAUAAUGAGCUAGAAUGACAACAUUAUACCAGUUUUUCUCUUUGAAUUAACUUAACAUUCAAUUUUAUUAUACUCUCAUCAUUCUGC